GAACGAUCCAAUGAAAUAUCCCUAUUUUUAUAUGAGACGAGAAUAUAAGAUAAGCAACCUUCGCCCAAUUCAAAGCGUUACUGGUACUACUAAAUCCUAAUCAGCAGCAGCAGCAGCUAUGGCUAUGGCGUCGGAGACAGUGAAACUGCUGGGCGCAUGGGCAAGCCCAUACGUGAUCCGGGCUCGGGUCGCGCUCAACCUCAAAUCCGUAGACUACGAUUUCCUCGAGGAGAAAUUCGGGUCGAAAAGCGAGCUUCUACUGAAAUACAAUCCCGUCUACAAGAAAAUCCCUGUUCUCGUUCACAACGACAAACCAGUCUGCGAGUCACUCAUCAUUGUGCAGUACAUUGAUGACGCCUGGAGUUCGGGUCCGCCCAUCUUGCCUGCCCAUCCCUAUGACCGGGCCAUCGCCCGCUUCUGGGCCACUUUUAUUGACGAUAAGUGGUUCCCAAGUCUGCGCGGAAUAGCAAUGGCGGGAGAGGAGGAGGGAAAAAAGGAAGCGGCGAUAAAGGAGGUGGAGGAAGGGCUGGGUUUGCUGGAAGGCGCAUUCCAGAGCUGCAGCAAAGGGAAGAAGUUCUUUGGGGGAGAGAGUGUGGGGUUCCUCGACAUCGCGCUGGGAAGCAGCUUAGGGUGGGUCAGAGUCACAGAGCAGUUCAACUCCAUCAACCUCUACGACCAAGCCAAAGUUCCCGGCCUGGCCCAAUGGGCCCAAGACUUCUGCACCCACGACACCGUCAAGGACGUCAUGCCUCCCACCGACAAACUGGCCGACUUUGCUAAGCUCAUCUUCUCCAAAAUGAAGAAAUAAUAAUAAUAAUAAUAAUAAUAAUAAUAAUUGCUGCUCUCAUCUCUUUCUUUCACCAUGUUUUGUAAUAAAUAAAUAAAUAAAUAAAUAAAUGCAUUCCCGGCCCGAAAACAUUUAAAUAAACUUCCUUUCUUCACGCCCACGGCCUACCACUGUAAGCACAAAAUCCAUCUGGACCACAAAACCCUGGCAAAUUAUACCGUGCAACCGGCGCACCAUGUGGAUGGUGCGCCCGGUUGCAAAACGACGCAGCUUCUCUUUCUUUUCUUUUUUUCUUUUUUUGCUUUUGUUGUUUAAAAAUGAUAAUAACUUUCUUAUUUUUGAUCCGAUUUUUAUAAAAUUUAUAUCAACAUUUUUUAUUUUUCAUGAUCUUUCAAAUGAGACCAAUAUUGCUUAUGUAAUCUUAAGAAAUUAUCGAACUAUUAUAUUAAUGAGUAUUGGAUUAUAAGGAAAAUCGAAUCUGUUUGGGAAAUGAUAUGUUUGUGAAAUAGAAGAUUGAAUCUGUUUGGGAGUGGAUCAGUG